CUGUCUUACUUUCUCAGUCUUCUGUUGCUUGUUGGGAUAAGUAGUCUUGUUUCAUUUAUUGAUAAUUAUUGAACACGUGUUUAUUCGUAAAUAUUAUCAGAGACGUAAUUAUUAUAAAGAAGUAAUGGGUAAAGGCCGGAAAAAUAGACCGAAGAAGAAUUUCGCAGAAAAACGUCGUGAAAAACAGAAGAAAAAAGACGAAUGGGACCAUGCGCCGCAUCAUAGCUAUGAAGACAUCAUUAGAGAAAAUAACGAUUUUGAAAAUUAUUACAAAACUCAGGGAAUUGUUCCCGAAGAUCAAUGGGACUCGUUUAUGAAUACUAUGAAAAAGAAUCUACCAGUAGCAUUUCGAAUUACUGGAUCAAAAUCAGAAGCUAAAGCAUUACUUGAUACAAUUAAAGGAGACUUUUUUAAAGAAAUUUUAAAUACAAGUAUAGAAGAUGAGUCUGAGAAUAGUGAUGAGGCACAAGAUAUAUUACGAUGCAUACCAUUUUAUCCAGAUGGAUUAGCUUGGCAGUUACAAUUAACCAGGAAAGACAUUAGAAGAUCCGAGGCAUACUUUAGGUUACAUAAUUUUUUAGUUGUUGAAACAGAGUGUGGAAGUAUCAGUAGACAAGAGGUGGUCAGCAUGGUACCACCUUUAGUAUUAGAUGUAAAACCUUCUCACAAAGUAUUAGAUAUGUGCGCUGCACCAGGUUCAAAAACAGCUCAGCUCAUAGAAAUGAUACAUUCCGAAGGUGGUCUAAUUCCAGGAGGUUUUGUAAUAGCUAAUGAUCUUGACCAUAGUCGUUGCUAUAUGCUUGUGCAUCAAGCAAAAAGGUUAAAUAGCCCAAUUGUUUUAAUUAUAAACCAUGAUGCCUCUUUACUGCCUAAUUUCACUUCCACAAAACCAGAUGGCACGAAAGAACCAUUAAAAUUUGAUAGAAUACUGGCUGAUGUACCAUGUAGUGGUGAUGGUACAAUGAGAAAAAAUCCAGACAUCUGGUGUAAAUGGAAUCCAGCAAAUGGUAACAAUCUCCAUGGAAUUCAAUACAGGAUAGCAAAAAGAGGAUUAGAGCUAUUGGACGUUGGAGGAAGAAUGGUAUAUUCUACUUGUUCGCUAAAUCCAAUAGAAAAUGAAGCUGUACUUCAUAGACUUCUGGUUGAAACAGAAGAUUCUGUCCAGAUUGUUGAUGGCAGAGACUUUGUUCCUGGAUUAAUAUGCGAUCCGGGUGUAUCACACUGGUUACCUGCAUCAAAAGACUUACAAUAUUAUAAAUCAUGGGAAGACGUACCAGAACAGUGGCAAACACAAGUUCGGCCAAAAAUGUUUCCUCCAAAACCAGAGGAUGCUGCUAAGUUUCAUUUUGAACGAUGCAUGAGGAUAUUGCCACACCAUCAAGAUACAGGAGGUUUCUUUGUUGCUGUUUUGGAGAAGGUAAAGCCAUUACCAUGGGAAAAAUGUGAUUCUGAAGGAGACAAGGAAGAAUUAAGUUUAGAAGAUGAAGUAGAGAAAGAUAAGGGAAAGCAUUUAACGCUUGGCAAAAGACCGUUAGAUGACGAUGACAAACCGCGUGGACCCAGAAGAAAACGUAGAAGACGUAGUGGAUUCAGGGAAGACCCAUUCGUGUUCUUCAAAGAUGAUCAGGAGGAAGCGUGGUUAUCUAUUAAAAACUUCUACGAUGUAACCGAUAAGUUCGAUCCAAAAUGUUUACUAGUUCGAAAUCUCAAUAGAAAAAGGAAAACCAUCUAUUAUGCAUCGCCCGAAAUUCGCAACGUUGUUAUGUCUAACGAAUCUGAAAUAAAAUUAGUAAACACGGGAGUAAAAUCAUUUGUUCGAUGCGAUAAUAAAUAUAUGGUUACCCCAUUCAGACUUGCUUGGGAGGGUUUGCAAUCCCUUGUUGAGUUUAUUGGCGAUUCUAGAAAAGUUAAUUUAACUAAAGAUGAUUUGAUAACGUUAUUACAAAAUAACAAUCCUUCGAAACCACCCGAGAUUAUAAAACUUAGCCCAGAAACACAAGAACGUUUAGGAAAACUCGCGUCCGGAAGUUGUAUACUUCUGUACAAAGAAAUAAAGACCGAGGAGAAUCCAAACCCGUUAAAUUUACAAAUGGUGGGAUGGAAGGGUAUCAUGUCCCUGAGAGCUUACGUUCCUAAACACGAUGCAAUUCAUUACUUACGUUUGUUAGGAGUUGACUGUUCGCAAUUUGAGAUAAAUAAAUUCAAGGAGAAUCGAGAAACCCUUGCCUCCGAAGAAUUAGAUAAUGUCAAAAGUUGCGAACCGGAAGUUACUAUAAAAAUCGAAAUUGAUAAUGACGAAGUUACCGUGAAGGAAGAUGUUUCGAAAGUAGUUGCUAAUAGUGAUAUUAUCAAAAAGGAAAACGUUUUGAAAGAAGUUACUAAUGAUGUUACCGAAAAUGAGAAUAUUUCGAAAAAAGUUACUAAUAACGAAGUUCUUAAACAGGAGAAUAUUUCGAAAGAAAUCGACGAAACAAAAAUUUCAAACGAAUCGAAAGAAUGAUACGCAUUUUCAUAAUAUAAAUUGCAGUUCCUUUAAUAUCUCUAUAAAUAUCAGUUGUAAUAUGCUUAACACUAGUAAAAAAAUGUUUAUUUCAUUUAAAGUUCAGUGAUGGUGCUCCACUUGGUGGAAUGCUGAAAACAGACAAGGUGGAUAUUUUGUAAUGUACGAUGAUAAAACUUAACAAGAAAUACAAAUAAAAUGUUCUUACAGGACAAGAAAA